GAAACAGAUUAUCCCAUCAAGUUGACGUGAAGAAUCAGACCUUGAACGAACUGUGAAACGUCAAAAUUCCGGCGAGAAAACCGUUUCCCCCCAUACUUUUCCGGUAAGAUUCACAUUAUAUAUAUAUAAAUGUAUAUAAUCAGGAAGUGAAGAAAACAGAGUUGAAUUGAAGGACGUGAUUUUCACUGCUGCCGGCGAUAAACUGAUAGUAGAGAGAAGAUUUGAACUCAGAGAGUGAUGAUGAUUGAAGACGAAGGCAAUCAGGUCUCAUCUUCAAACAAGCAUCUCGUCUUUGCUUAUUAUGUUACCGGUCAUGGAUUCGGCCAUGCCACGCGUGUUGUUGAGGUGGUUCGUCAUCUCAUUGAUGGCGGACAUGAUGUGCAUGUGGUAACUGGCGCACCUGAUUUCGUCUUCACUACAGAAAUUCAGUCUUCUCAACUAUUUCUUCGCAAGCUAGUUCUGGAUUGUGGAGCUGUUCAGGCGGAUGCUUUGACAGUGGAUCGUCUUGCCUCUUUGGAGAAGUACUCAGAAACAGCUGUGGUACCUCGCGAUUCUAUUUUGGCGACUGAAGUAGAGUGGUUGAACUCCAUCAAGGCUGACUUGGUGGUCUCAGAUGUUGUGCCAGUUGCAUGCCGUGCAGCAGCUGAUGCUGGAAUUCGUGCUGUUUGUGUCACCAAUUUUAGUUGGGACUUCAUAUAUGCAGAGUACGUAAUGGCCGCCGGUUAUCAUCAUAGAUCGAUUGUUUGGCAGAUCGCAGAGGAUUAUUCUCACUGUCAAUUCCUCAUCCGCCUUCCUGGAUACUGCCCAAUGCCUGCUUUUCGUGAUGCAAUAGAUGUGCCUUUAGUUGUAAGGAGGUUGCACAAAUCACGCAAAGAGGUGAGGGCAGAGCUAGGGAUAAGUGAGGACGUGAAGCUACUUAUUCUGAAUUUUGGUGGACAGCCUGCUGGUUGGAAGUUGAAGGAGGAUUACUUACCUUCUGGAUGGCUUUGCUUGGUGUGUGGUGCUCCUGACAAUCAUGAUCUUCCCUCUAAUUUCAGAGGUCUGGCAAAAGAUUCCUACACUCCUGAUCUUAUUGCUGCAUCUGACUGCAUGCUUGGAAAAAUUGGAUAUGGCACUGUAAGUGAAGCAUUGGCGUUUAAGUUACCCUUUGUCUUUGUACGUAGAGAUUAUUUCAACGAGGAGCCGUUUUUGCGAAACAUGCUGGAGUCUUAUCAGAGUGGAGUUGAGAUGAUUAGAAGAGACUUGCUAACUGGUCAGUGGAAAGCUUAUCUUGAACGUGCACUUUGUCUGAAACCGUGUUAUAAAGGAGGCAUUAAUGGUGGCGAGAUAGUUGCUCACAUUUUACAAGAUACAGCUGUUGGGAAGAAGUAUUCUACAAACAAGCUUAGUGGGGCACGGAGAUUGCGGGAUGCUAUAGUUCUCGGGUUUCAAUUGCAGAGAGUCCCCGGGCGAGAUCUUAGCAUACCUGACUGGUACUCAAAUGCUGAAAGUGAAUUUGGUCUUCGAACUGGAUCCCCAAAUUCUGAGAGUGAGAAUAAAAAUAACAGCUUUCUUCCGGGCUCUUACACUGAAGAUUUCGAAAUUCUUCAUGGAGAUUUUCAAGGGCUUCCAGAUACAGUUACUUUUUUGAAGAACUUGGCAGAACUUGAUGUUGUCCAUGAUGCUGAAAAGAACUCUGAGAAGCUAUGGAUAAGGGAACGCAUGGCUGCUGCUGGCAUCUUCAAUUGGGAGGAUGACAUCAUUGUGGCACGAGCACCUGGAAGACUUGAUGUCAUGGGAGGAAUUGCAGACUAUUCUGGAAGCCUUGUCUUGCAAAUGCCAAUUAGAGAGGCAUGCCAUGUGGCUCUCCAAAGGAACCAUCCAAGUAAACAUAGGCUCUGGAAGCAUGCCCAGGCUCGGCAGGAUGCCAAGGAACUAGGUCCAACCCCUGUGCUGCAAAUUGUAUCAUAUGGAUCAGAAUUGAGCAAUCGCAGUCCCACAUUCGACAUGGACUUAUCUGACUUUCUGGAGGAUGGGAAGCCAAUCUCCUAUAAGAAGGCAAGGCAAUAUUUUGCUCAAGAUUCAUCGCAGAAAUGGGCUGCAUACGUUGCUGGGACGAUUCUUGUUUUAAUGACAGAGCUUGGGGUUCGGUUUGAGGACAGUCUCAGCUUACUGGUUUCUUCAGCUGUUCCAGAAGGAAAAGGAGUGUCAUCUUCUGCCUCUGUGGAGGUUGCAAGCAUGUCUGCCAUUGCUGCUGCCCAUGGACUGGAGAUUUGUCCAAGAGAUAUAGCCUUGCUCUGCCAAAAGGUUGAGAAUCAUAUUGUUGGGGCUCCUUGUGGCAUAAUGGAUCAAAUGACUUCAGCUUGUGGCGAGGCCAAUAAGCUUAUGGCUAUGAUAUGCCAGCCUGCUGAGAUUGUAGGGCUAGUGGAUAUUCCCAAUCACGUUCGAGUCUGGGGCAUUGAUUCCGGAAUAAGGCACAGUGUUGGUGGUGCAGACUAUGGUUCAGUAAGAAUAGGAACCUUUAUGGGCCGAAAGAUGAUAAAAUCUUUUGCGACUAAGGUGAUAUCACAGUUAACAUCAAGUGAAAAUGCAAACAACGAUGAAUUGGAAGAGGGGGGUUGUAUUAAACUGCUUGAAACCGAUGCAUCAUUAGAUUACUUGUGUAACUUGUCUCCUCACAGAUAUGAAAAUAUUUACUCAAAGGUUCUACCAGAUUCAGUCACGGGUGAGAUGUUUAUGGAGAAAUACGAUGAUCACAAUGAUCCAGUAACUGUCAUCGACGGUAAACGUACAUAUGGACUUAAAGCAGCCACUAAACAUCCAAUUUACGAGAACUUUAGAGUCAAGGCCUUCAAAGCUCUCUUAACGUCGGCUGCUUCAGAGGAACAACUCACUACACUUGGAGAAUUAUUGUAUCAGUGUCACUACAGUUAUGGUGAUUGUGGGCUAGGAUCAGAUGGAACAGACCGCCUUGUCCAGCUGGUUCAGGAAUUGCAGCACCAAACAAGACCUAUUGGCGACGAUGGAACUUUAUAUGGAGCAAAAAUAACCGGAGGAGGAUCAGGGGGAACAGUAUGUGUGAUUGGCCGGAAUUGUCUGAAGAGCAGCGAAGAUAUUAUCGAGAUACAACAAAGAUACAAAGCUGCGACGGGGUACUUGCCGUUCAUAUUCGAGGGCUCGUCACCGGGUUCUGGUAAAUUCGGAUACCUUAGAAUUCGUCGGAACUCCAUACCAAACAAUCGUCUAAGCUGAAAGAUUACAGAUUUAUUAUUUAUCUAGCAGUAUUAUUAUUAUUAUUACUACUACUUAUUUUAAACUUAUUGCAACAAAUGACCAAAGAAUUACUGGUAAUUUUGUGUUGACAUUUUGCCGAAUUCUCAUUCAUAUGAAAUUAAUAAAUAGUCACACUUUCAUA